AUACAACUGACAUUUUCCUAUUUUGGCGUUUCGAAUGGAUGUUUGUUAUUAUUGUUUAAAAUAUUAUCUCUGAUUUAAUUAAAACAGUUAAAAUACGACUACAAAUUAGACGAAAAUGAUAUAUUAUAAAUAAAUUAGUGAUUUAUGGUUUGAUGUAUUGGACUAUAGAAUAUAAAUGUGUGAUUCUUUGUGUGAAGGUAUACAGAAUGUUUUUUACGACUUAUUUGUGAUGUUUUACGGAUGAAUCUGCUAUAUUUUUAAAAAUCAAAGAUGCAUAUUUUGUGUACUAUAUGCAGUGAUCUCGUGAAUCAAGCUGAAAAUAUAUUCGUGACUAAAUGUGGUCAUAUAUUUCACCACCAUUGUCUUGUUCAAUGGAUCGAAAGAUCAAAAACCUGUCCGCAAUGCAGAAACAAAGUGACGGACAAGUGUAUGUUCCGUCUCUUUCCCACAAUAUCUAAUGAGAAUAACAGUGAGGAUGCAGCGACUUUACAGUCACGGUUAGACGAUGCCCAGCUACAGCUGCGGCAGCAACGGACCAAGUUUAAGGAGAAGGAGGAUAAACUAGUUGUUCUUACGGCAGACUUGAAGAGACAAGAUGAUCUUCUAAAAUCAUAUGAGAAGCGGCUGGUAAGCUUCGACUCCAAGGUGCUAGCUCUCAGGGAACAGCUGGAAAUAUUAAAUGUACAGAACAAAGAACUGCAUAAAGUGAAGGAAGAAAAUUUAGCUCUGACGAAGAACAUGCAGACACUUAAUGGUCUGCAGAGAGUGCUAAAUGCAACAAGUGAUGAUGUAGAACAAAUGUUGCACAGCUACACUGACGUUAAAACUAUUGCUACUUUCGCCACGGCUCUUAAAAGAGCUCUAUGCGACUCUGAGACAAAGAAGAACGAGACUCGAGACAGGCUGCAUAUGGCCAAACAGCAGCUUGCUUUGGAAAAGAAGACCGUUGCAGAUCUGCGUAACCAAGUCGUAAAAUUAGAAGACGAUCUGCAUCAAGCUCAAAACAGAUAUGACUCACUGAAUAGUAAAUAUGAAACACUGAAAAAUGAAAAAGAAAUCUCAGAUUUGAGUGCUCAAUUGAUAAAGAAGACUGGGGAUUUAAUAGAGGAGGUGGAAACCCCUCCCCGCGCACUCAAUGACGCCAUCUUGGAAACUCCCACCAACAAUACUAGCUUUAACACCCUGGUGCAAAAUAUUGAAAACUCAGACUCGCCUUAUUUGAAUCUGAAGCAGGGCAGCCUAUUCUCUGUGGCAGUAUUACAGCGACAACCAAUAAAGCUUUCUGAAAAAGUCAAGCCAUCAGAAAACCUCUACCUGAAUUCCAUAAAGAACGCAACAAUGAAACGUUUGGGAGAAAAAUCAAAUUCUCUGAACUCAAAACACAGCAUCUUUCACAAGAAGGAGCCAAUGAAGAUAGAAUCCCUUGACGACAGAGUAGGGGGGAGUUUGGACAUAUCCUAUGAUGGUUUGGGGGGCCACUCAAAGCUAGACACGUUCCCUGUACCCAAUAGGACUCCAGUCAAAAGCUGUAUCCCUAAAUUAUCUGCUAAACACAAACUCAAACGCCCCAAUCCAGCUGGUAGCCAAGACAUCGAAAAAAUGCUCAAAAAAGUAAAAAAAUGAAAGUGUUGAUCACUAUAGAAACUCUUUGAAAUACCCAGUGUAAGUACAUCACUAUUGUUUUGUUACCAUGUGCGAAAAUGUUGUGUUUAUUUAUUGUUUAUGGUAAUACUGUCGCAUUUGUUAGUUAGUAGUUAUUUAAUAUUAUUGGUAUUAUAAUGUUAAUGAUUAUCGCCAAAUGUUUGAUUAUUAUUAUUAAUUUGUGUUCUUAUUCAUUAUCUUAUUUUUGUUUGUAAUGGUGCAUUUACAAACAUACAAUUUCUACAUCACAUUAAGACUCAAAUUUGUAUUGUAUUUUGUGGAUCAGUCAAAGUGUUGCUCUGUAUGAUAAUCAAACCUACAAGCUAUAUGUUGCACGGCAGCCAGUUGCCUGACCACGGCGCCAACGUAUUUUAGCUAUUGUGUAAUUUUAUUGUUUCUUAUUUGUUAAGUCUCUGGUUCCAGAAAGUUUAAAAAAAUACUCUUACGCAACUAUUAUUAUGUACAUAGAAAACAUUAACUGACUAUUUAAAAUUAGAAUUAAAGCUUUAAGAACAAAAUAGAUGUAAGAACGACUUUGUAUUAGAAUUUAUGUAACUUUUUAAUGAAUAGUGGGUCAAUACCUCAUGGACCGGAGUUGCCCAAGUAACCAGCUUUAUCUAAUAAUGUUAGGGUAUAUUUAUAUGUGCAUUUAUAAGAAUACUUGUAUUACAAGCCAUUUGCUUAGUUACCCACCGAGUUUUAAAUAGCUGAUGGUUUUAAAAAAAUUAUAGGAAAUGUUUAUCACAUAUUAAUUAAAUAUCAAACCACUGAUUUUGUUUGUUUGGUUUCUAGAUGAAAAAGUAUAUAGGUGUCCUAAAAUUAUCUGCCACGGUUUUAAUGGGAGGUAGUGUUGUGUUUGAAGAUUACAAAAGCAGUUAAAUAAACAUUUACUCUACUCUGCAUAAAGGGGCUCACAAAUACGCAAUAUGCGUCGCUUCUAUUAUUACAAUUACUAUCAAUUCUUUUCAUUGACGGAGCGACAGAUACUCUAAAAGACUACGUAGAUAUUUUUGUAUAAUAUAAAAUAUACUCAUAAUCAAUAAUUUAUAUUUACUAUUGUAUCUUCAAACACUACGUCCUAUUAAAGCCGUGCCAGAUACAUUAAAAGCAUCUUAUUUUAAAAACCUGAAAGAUUCAUAUUUGUUAGGACACUAUUAUUCACUGCUAUAUUAUGUAAGUUAAUAUGUGCCAACUACAAAAUUGUAUGAUUGUGCUUCUUUAAAAGAUAGAAAAACACUACAGCAUGAAUGUUGUCUCUUUCUUUCACUUUUAAAAUAAAUACAUUUGAAAGAGAUAGCGAUACUUCUUGCCUAAAAUGCACUAUGUAGUAUGUGUUUUUGGAUAUUAUUCUGUGUGUGUUAAAUUUAAGUAUUAAGCGGUCUUACAGGAUAUUUAAAGUUUGUGUUAGUUGUUUAGCUUUUCAAAUAUAGGGAUCUUAAAGUAUGGUAUUAGCGUAUGUAUGGCAGCACAUCAAUGUACUCCAAUUUUUCAUUUAGAUUUUCAACCAUAUUAUUAUGUCGGAAAGGUCGUAAAUUCAUUGAAGAAUUACAUCGCCAAUAUAUGAUUGAUGGUUAAAUAAAAGGCCGAGCCAAUUGCAUGUGAAUGGUAAAUGCACUACAAAGAUUACUCUUAGUAUGCACAAAAUAAAGACUAUAUUGCGAUGUGCACCCUUUAAUAGUUAUAGUUACAUAGGUAUAUUUUUGAUACGGGUUGAAGAAAGUAUUUGGGUGGAAGGAAGGUUGUGAAAAAAGAAGGUACUAAUUGGGAAAUACAUUAAAUGUAAUGCAUGUCUAGUAUGAUUAAGAUUGAUUGGGAGAUGUAAAAUGUAAAACCUUUGUUGAUAAUUGUUUUUCUAAUUUCCUGCUUGUAUAGCUACAUUGCUCAACGUGCUAUAACUAAACGCGGCUUUUGUGUCAAAAAAUUAUGAUAAAGUAAUAAUUAUUAUUGUAUGGAAAGAUGAUAAUUGUGAAUGUUGUAGAUUUUUUGUUUGUAUAUUCAAAUAUAACAAUUUAAAUUACUUUUGCAUUAAAGUGUAACUAUUCAAUAAACAUAACCAAGAAUAAUGUAGCAACACUUUCGGUAUAUUUGAAUUUUGGGUUGCUAGCCUCUGGUAUCAAUGUUUUUCAAGAUGAUAGGAUUUUUUAAUAAUAUUCCAUAUUUUGUUGUAAAUUUUAACUGAUACCUACUUACAUAAUUUAAUUUUAGUUCUGUGAACUGUGGUGUUAGAAUCAUUU